CCACGGGUCAAGACGCGCAAUCGAGAACUUGAUAAAGGAUACAGUACUUGCAGUGUUACAAUUAGUGCUCGAACAAAGAUUAGUGAGAAUCGGUAAUUCAGAGCAAUUACCGGGGUUAGUCCAAGGCACAUGGAGUUUGUCCAGGAGUACAGUGACGAGGAGGCGGCUGCAAUCGAGCGGGAAUUUACCAGGUUGAAAGACAAGCACUACCUAGACCAUGCGGGAGCCACGCUGUACGCGGAAUCGCAAAUCCGAGCCGUGCACGACCUGCUGACCGCCAACAUGUUCGGCAAUCCGCACACCAGCCACCAAACCGGCCAGCUGAUGGACGAGGUCCGCCGUCGAGUGCUGCGCUUUUUCAACACCGACUCGUCCGAGUACAGCCUGAUCUUCACGUCCGGUGCGACCGCGUCCCUGAAGAUGGUCGCGGAGAACUUUACCUUUCGCGCGGCGGACUCGGCCGAGGGAGACGAGGGCGCGUUCGUGUACCUGCGGGACAAUCACACCUCGGUGCUGGGGAUGCGGGCGAUCGUAGGAACGAGCCGAAUUCAUCCGCUGGAACGGGAGAACUUUGUGCGGCAUCUGAAGGUUUCGGCGCGAUCUUCGCAGCGCAAGCCCUCGCUGGUGGUUUUCCCCGCGCAGAAUAACUUCAACGCGGCCAAGUAUCCGCUGGAGCUGAUCGAGGAGAUUCGGGAGAACGGGUUGGUUGGGUAUGACGAUGACAAGUUCUACGUGUGUUUGGACGUCGCAAGCUUUGUGUCGACCAACUUUCUGGAUUUGGAUCGCUACAAGCCGGACUUUGUGUGCAUGUCGUUCUACAAGAUCUUUGGGUAUCCAACCGGACUUGGCGCUCUUCUGAUACGUAAAGGUUCGGAAGACCUGCUGGACAAGAAGUACUACGGUGGAGGAACGAUCCAAAUCGUGAUGAGCGGGAAGAACCUGCAUCGCAAGCACGUAAAGCCGUCGGAUCGCUUCGAGGACGGCACCCAACCGUUCCUAUCGAUUAUCGCUCUACUGGAGGGAUUCAACACGAUCCAGCGUUUGAUUCCACCGUCCAACGGGUACCGCUCGAUGGAACGGGUCUCGAAGCACGUGUUCAACCUGGCCAAGUACUGCUACCAUCAGCUGGGAGAACUCGUGCAUGCGAACGGUGCCAAAGUGAUCCACUUCUACAUGGAUUCCAGGUUCGAGUCCCGCGAUCGCCAGGGUGGGAUCGUCACCUUCAAUGUGCUGAAAGACGAUGGAAGCUACGUGGGCUACGCGGAGUUUGCCCGGAUCGCUCUGAAGCACGAUGUAUACUUGCGGGCGGGAUGUUUCUGUAACUCGGGGACCUGUCAACGGCAGCUGAAGCUGUCCGAUGAGGGUUUGCUGGAGUACUUCAAGAUGGGCAAGAUUUGCGGGGAUGACAACGACAUGAUCGACGGACAUCCCACGGGAACCGUCCGGGCAGCGUUCGGCUACAUGACCAAACCGGAGAAUGUGGAUCGGUUGGUGGAGAUGAUCAGGGAGAGGUUUGUAUCGCAGGGGAUUUGCAGGCCUGUGAAGCCAACUAAUCGAUCAUCGAACGAUGAAGAGUUGGAACUCAAAGCAAUCUACAUCUAUCCGAUACGAUCGUGCGGGUCAUUCACCGUAACUACCAGUUGGCCAAUGGUAGACAGAGGAUUGAAGCACGAUCGCGAGUUCAGUAUUGUCAACAGCAACGGCACGCCCUUAUCCCAGUCCAAACAUACGGACAUGGCCUCGAUCGUCCCGAAAAUCGAUCCUCGAAGCAACGUUCUAAUCCUAACGCAUCCCACAAUGCCCGAUCUGAUCUUGAACCUUAACAAACUCCCAACAGCAAAGUCCACCAUCCUUCCGGGAGAUUCCGUAGAUUGCGGCGACGAAAUUGCCGCCUGGAUCAGCAAAGCCCUUCGCCAACCCCGACUACGUCUCGUAAAACACCUAAACGACGGAAAUCACUCCCCUCCCCCCAAAAUCCUCAUGAUCAACGGAAACGCGCUGCGAUCGCUGGGCGAUGAAGACAGCGCGGAAGAUCAAGCGACCGCAUCCUGGCUGGUGGAGCACUUCCAGGGCAACCUGGUGGUCGAGGCACCCGCCACGGUAGACAUGCAAACGUGGAAGCAGGUCGCCAUCGGGGAGCACCGAUUCAAGGUGGUGGGGAUGUGCACCCGCUGUCCGAUGAUCUACGUGGAUCCGGCCAGUGGGAAAGUUUCGGCGGAUUCGCUGAAGGCGAUUGCUAACGUGUUCAAGAAGAAGGUCCCGUUGGGGAUGUACUUGGCGUACGUGGGCGAUGGAGGGGCGACAGCUAGAUCGCUGCAGUGUGGUGGAAGAUUUAUUCCGGAACAGAAGGAUCAUUCUAAAGUGACGUCCAUCACGGAAUCUGUCGUUAGGUUUAACUUUAAUGGGUAGUGGCAGUUUUCGUUCAAUAACUUUUAUAUUUUAACGCGGUAUAACAAUGUAAAUUCAAGCUAUGCACUGGACGCGUGACUUCAAUCGUAACAUUAUAAUAAAG